AUUCCAGGAUUCCUAUCAUGGGACGUCGAGUCGUCACAUGUCGACCUCGAAAAGGAACUACAAGCCCUGACGAGCCAAGCUCCGGAAGGAGAAGAGGCCCGAAACGGAGAGAGACUGAUCCAGUACGCGACGGAGAACCUGGUAACUGAAGUACUGAUCCACCCACAAGUGAACACACUGCUGCAGUGCGUUCGCAACCUACUAUCGAGCUUCACCAGGCACCGACACCUUAUACAUGCCGGCUACACCUUCGCCGGAACAGGAUCCUGGGUCCUGCAGGAUGGCACUUUUUCGCUGGCGGACUUGACGGACGCCUUCCAAGAGACCGAAGUGCAGCGAGUUCUGCGCGCCUACGAACACAGCAUCACGAUCGACGUACACUGCGCUCCAGAAGGAGACUGGACUUCCGAACGAAUGUCGCGAGAGCCCUUCAGCCGAUACUGCAAGGUGCGAAUCAAUCCUGACGACCGAAUGACGGCCGGCGGCGCCGCCAUCGGCAACUUCAUCAACUACCUGUCGGCGUUCGUGCGCGCCGCGCCGCUAGAGGCGCUACUGGAGCCCAGCGACGUGGUGGGCAAUAUCCGGUUCAGCCACCCCACACUCUACGUGUUCCCCGGCGGACAGGGGGACGCGGCACUCUUCGGCAUCAACGGUUUCAACAUGCUGGUGGACGGCGGGUUCGCGCGCAAGGCGUGCUUCUGGGACUUCGUGCGCCACCUGGACCGCUUGGACGCAGUACUGGUGACGCGACUCAACAACGGCAACGUAAACGGCAUGUCGGCCGUGCUGCGGCGUAAGCAGGGCGGCCACGUCUACCCACAGAUCGGACACUUCUUCUGCAACCUGCAGGAGCGGAAACACGCAGCGUCUCCGGACGGCGACAAGGACCGCGACCCGCUGUUGAUCGACCUGACGGUGGAGGCGCACGAGAUGGUGGUCAACCUGCACCACCUGGCGCUCAAGCCGCACGCCUGCUACAGCUCGUCCGACCCCAUCAACCUGUACCACAAGGUGGGCCACGGCAAGCUCGACAUGUACGUGCUGAGCCCGGCGCGCGACAGCCGAGACCUCAAAGAGUUCCUCGCGCGGUGGAACGCCACCGACACGUCCAAGAUCUUCUCCAGCGGAGGCAGGAAAAGCUCUGGCAGUGAGUUCGCUUUCCCACUGCAAAAUCUAGUUUCUAUAUGCGCGCUGCUCGUGUGGCAGCCGGCGAACCCGAACGAUACGAUUACACGUAUUCUGUUCCCUGGAUCUGCACCGCAGCACAAGAUCUUCGAGGGCAUAGAGAAGCUCCGACACCUUCAGUUCCUUCGUUACCCGGUCUGCUCUGCAAAGUCUCUCUCACCGUCCACAUCAGCAGUUACUAUCAGCAGCCGCAAGCAGCAGUUACGGUCAGCUGCUCCUGCGGUCAUUGAUAAGCUGCUGCCAGGAGAAGUUGCCAAGCAGCAGGCCUCACCACCAUCAAAGCCCGUGGAUAAGGCUGCUCCCAAAAGUGCGACAAUCCCCGUCACGGGUGUGGAGAAACCCGUGCAGCCUAGCAAGACUGUUCCCCCAACCGCCGCACCACCCCCAGCUGCCCCCACAGCUGCACCUCCUCAGGUUCCAGCAGUGAAGCCUGUUCCGCCGCCGUCAAGGGCCAAGCCCGAACGCUUACCCGCAAAAACCGAACCACCCAAAACUAAGACUGAUAUAGUUAAGACUGCUGACACAGAAAAAGUUAGUGCAAAAGUAGAUAAGACAUCCAAGACAGAAGUAGUGAGAAUGAAGGGGGAACACAAAUCAAAGACAGAAAUGAAAACGUCCACAGUGAAACCACGAACUGAAACCAAAUCCACCCGUUCCAUAGAAAGGAAAGCACAGAGGACAACAAUUACAACCUCUAGUGUAGCAGAGAAAAAGACUGACAUAAAAUCUUCUCCUACUACACCUAAAAAAUCCGUUGAACAUAAAGUUAAUGGAGUUGCACCAAAGCCAGAGCCAAUGAAACAUGCUCGACCAUCGAGUAGAACUAGACCGUCCCCAACCUCCACUCCAGCGAAAAGUGCGAAAGAAGCCAAUAAUCGGAAGGUCGUAGAAUCAAAAUAUCACAUUUCAAAAGCCUCUAAAUUGACUACAUCAAAGGCUGCUAAGAAGGAAGUGCAAGAACCAGCAGCAAAAGCUGAGAGGAAGCCUGUGAGCAGGCGACCAAAAGCAACUCCCAGCUCACCUGCUAAGAUAGCAGCAAAAUCACCGGGUUCACCAGCCAAGUCUUCUUCUGCCAAAAGCACACCAACUCCAUCUGUCAAAUCAGAAAAAGAAGCUGUAAUCAGAAAAAGAAAGGUUGAAACUGGAAAAAUUACUGCUGACUCAUCUGCAGUAUCAACCCCAUCAACUACUGAAGUAGAAACUGUUGUGAAAGCAAAGGAAAUAGGAAAAGUCCAGGAAACUCCCCUUGUAAAUGGCCACAUAUCAGAAAUGAUCAUAACAAAGGAAGAUAUCUCCAAGGAGCUUUUAGACAAACCCCUUCAAGAGACUUACAUUGAGAAAAAGACUGAAAAAAUUGACAGUGAAACUAUAAGAAAGUCACCAUCUGAUGACCAACAAGAAGUUACAGAAAGAGAAGACAAAACUUCAGUUAGAGAGAAAGAAAUUAAAGACAUUCCUACUAUAGAAGGAAAAGAAAAACAAAUGGAUGAAGAAACUGUAGAAAAAGAAGUAGAAGUUGAAGAAAAAGAGAUGGUAGUUGAAGAUAAAGAGUCUGAGAUAGAAGAGAAGGAAACUGAACUUGAAGAGAAGGAGUCUGAAAUUGAAGAAAAAGAAUCUGAAGUUGAAGAAGGAGAUGAUUCCAGGCAACUUAUGCAUGAAAAGGAAGAUAUAGAGGCUACAGAAGAGGAACAAACUGAAGAAAUUGAGGAUGAGGAAGGACCAGUUGACAUAAAGGAAUCAUUACAUGCUGAACUUGAAACAGAAGUAAAGAAACUGAUGAGAGAAAAGAUAGAAGGAGGAGAAGAAGAAGAAGAAGAAGAAGGGGGAGGAACAGAAGAAGAAGAAGAAGAACAAGAACAAGAAGAGGAGCAAGAAGGGGAGGAAGAUGAGGAGGAUGAAUACUUAAUCGUUGAAAAAGAAGAUGUGGAAUCCUACCAAGAACAAGAAAGUAUUGAAUCACAUUUACCUGAUGAUUUUGACAACAAAGAUAUUGAUGUUGAGGAAGAAGAUGAAGGGGAGCUUCAGAAGCACUUAUUAGAUGAAGUUGAAACAGAAAAGACAAAGAAAGAUAUAGAAAAAGAAGAGAUGGAUACAAAAAUGCACAGAGAAGUAGAAUCUCAAAAGGAACACUUAAUAAAGGAAAAAGAGGUAGAUAUAAUUCUUAAAAGUAAAGCCGAAAAAGAAAUAACUGAAACUGAAAAAAUGAAGGAGGAACAUGUUGAGGAAAUAAAAGAGCAAGAAACAGAAGGUGUUACUGAAGAAACUGCUAAGCCAUUGAAGGAAGAAAUUACAAAAGAUCACAUUGAGGAGAAAGUGGAGGAAAUUAUUUCAUCGGCAAAAGAAAUAGUAACUAAAGGAAAAUUUGAAGAUGAAAGAAAGCCUGGAGUGUCUCAAGAAUUGGAUAAAGAUAUACAGAAAGAGGAACUGUCUGAGAGCAAGAAAGAACCUGAAACAAGUGAUGAUCUCAAAGAAAUUUCAUCAAUUAGUCCUGAAGAGAAAAUAGAUGUUUCUUCAGAGAAAGUCCGUGAAACUACAGACACUGACCAUAAGCUUGAUGAUGGAGGUCAUGAAAUGAAAGAGAUUCCCUCAAAAGAAAUUCUAGAGCAGAAAUUUAUUGCAGAGGAAAGCCAGCCAGAUGAAAAGGUGUCUACAACUAUAGAAUCUGCUGCUACAACAGCACCAACACUUCCUGAAGAUGAACGCAUACCUCUAGAUGAAAUAAAGGAAAUCGUUGAAGAAAAAUAUGUGAAAGAAGAGACAAAGGAGAAAGAAAAACCAGUGGCAGAAGCAGUAACACGUCUAGAGCAGCCAACUACUCUGCCACAAGUUGUAAUGCCAAUUUUUGAAACUCACAUUGCUCAUGGGAUUAUUCAUCAAAGAGACAUCGUUAAAACACCUGAUGAAGUUGCUGACUUGCCAGUCCAUGAGGAAGUUGACCCUGGUAUGUAUGAUGCUGAUGAUUUUGUAAGAGACUUUCAUAAAACAAAAUAUGAAGUGCAACUUUCGAAAAAACAACAAGAUACUGAAGAGAUCAAGGACUACAUACCUGAGGUAGGUGCUGCAGAAGAAAGACUGAAAAUAGAUACAGGAAAGGCUGACACAUUGAAAGAAUCUUUAAAACAGUUUGAAGAUGAGAAAGAAGUUGAAGAAGUCAAAAUAGCACCUGAGGAAAGAUUUGUUGAUGAAAUUGAAGACAUUAUACAUGUAAAAAGAGAAAUAUCUGAUGUAGCAAAACCAUCAGUGAAACCAGUCUCUGUGGCACAACUUGAAGAACCUGUGCCAAAGGAAGACAUGGCAAAGCCUACUGAUGAGUCAAAACCUGUUACGGUAAUAUCAGAAGAAAAACUUCUGGAAGCUACCUUGCAGACAUAUGCAGAUCUAAAAGCUACAAAAGAGAAAGUAGACGAAUUAAAAGAAAAAUUCUCUGAAGAAGCAAAGAAAGCUGUAGAGAGAGAAAUAGAUUAUGCUGCAAUUUUAGAAAAAGACAUUGCUCAUGACAGAGUUGCCUUACAGGAAAUGAGAGAAGAAAAGAAAACAGAAGGAGAAGAAAUUGGUGCAGAAUACAUAUCUUCUGAAAAGAAAUACAUAGAAGAACAACUGGAAACUAUUUCAGAUAAACUAAAACAAAAGGAGAAAGGUAUUGGUGAAGAAAUUUCAACACUGCAACAAACAUAUGUAAAGGAGACACCUGAAGAAAAAGGAAAGGAUGAAAUGAAACCACUUCCAAUGGAUAUUGUGCAGGAAAAGAUGCGAGAAGAGAAACAGAAAUUUGUUACAGAAGAUGUCACUGAAAUAAUUGAAAAACUGGAAGGGGAUAAAGUUAUCCAAGACAAAAAGAUUGAAAAGGACGUAAAGAAAGAUGUUACAGCAGAAAUUAAGGAGGUGGAAGACAAAGAAAAGCCUGUUCCAAAGGAAAUGACUCAAGAGGUAAUUAUGCAGGAUGAGAAAAUUAUUUCAGAUGAGUUAAUCAGGGCAAAGAAGGUAGCAGAGAAAGAUGAACUCAUCACAGAAGGUGAAGAAAUUAAAAAAUUGAAAGAAGAGGAAGUUGUUCCAAAAGAAGUUAUUGAGGAGACAAUAAAAGACAAGGAAGUAUCAAAAGUAAUGGGUGAGGAGGAGAUGAAAGAAGAUAGAGUUGUUAAAGAAGACAUUAUUGAAGAAAUCAAACAAUUAGAAGGUAAAGAGAAGUCUACUCCAAAGGAAGUCCUUGAAAAGAAAAUUAAAGAAGAAGAUGAAAUCAUCUCAAAGGAGAUGAUUGAGGUAGAGGAAAAGGAAGAGAAAGUUGAUACAGAAGAUAUCAUGGAUAAAAUUCCAAAGCUGGAAGAGAGAGACAAAGAUGUUCUGAAGGAAGUUGAUGACAAAGAGAAAUCUACUCAAAAGGAUGUAGCUAAAGAUGAAACAAAAGGAGGAGAGGAAAUGGGUUUGAAGGAGUUGGUAGACGUAACGAAAAAAAGAGAAAUUGUUACAGAAGAUAUCAUAGCAGCUAUUCCAAAACUGGAAGACAAACAGAAAGUUUCAUUGGAGGAACUUGAUGAAAGUAAGACAAAGGACAAGAAAGAAGAAGAAAAGGAAAAAAUAAUUGCAGAAGAGAUAAAGAAAGACAGUGUAGAUCUAAAAGAACAGGAGCAGCUUUUGUCCAAAGAUGUAGCUAAAGAAAAGCCGGAGGACAAACAGAAAGAAGAGAUUGAUAAAUCUUUAAGAGAACUAGAAGAUACAGAGAAACUUUCACCAAAAGAAGUGAAUGAAAUCCAAAUUUCAAAGGAGAAGAUUCCAGAAAAGGAGACAGAAGAGCAAUUGAUAGUUGCUAAAUAUACCACUGAAGAAACAGAUAAACUCAAAGAGAAAGAGAAAAUUCAGGCAAGGGAAAUGGUGGAAGAUAAAGCAAAAGAAGGUAGGAAAAUAGAGUCAGAGGAAAUAAUUCACGAAAAGAAGAAAGACGAGAGAGAAGUAAUUACUAGAGAUAUCACUGAAAAACAAGAAGAGAAAGAGAAACUUUCCCCAAGGGAGGUAGCUGAAGAGACUACUGUCAAAGAGGAAGUAAGUGUUUCAGCAGAGGCUAUUCAGAGAGAGGAAACUAUCAAAGCUGACCUCACCACAGAAAUUAAGAAACCACAGGAAAUGGAGAAAAUUGUAUCAAAGGAAUUAGUGGAAGAGAAGGAAAAAGAGUCUGAAGAAAAGAUAAAAGCUAUUACAGAGGAUGUGGCAUUGAUAAUGUUAAAAGCAGAAGAAAAGGAGAAGCCUGCUCCAAAGGAAAAGGCUGAGGAGAAGAUGAAAGAAGAGAAACUAGUUUCUAAGGAGGCAGCAGAGGUAGAUAAGGGAGAAGAUAAAGAGACAGUUAUUACUGAAGAUAUACCUGAAGAAAUAAAGCAACUAGAAGAAAAAGAGGAACCUGCUCCAACAGAAAUUUCUGAACUCAAGACAAAAGAAGAGACAGUAGUACUAAAGGAGCAGGUUGUGGAGAAGAAGGCUGAUGAGAGAGUUAUUACAGAGGAUAUAACUAAGUUGGAAGUAAAAGAAAAAACUCCCUCUGAUGACAGGGUUGAAAUAAAGGCAGAAGAAGAGAUAAUAACUAUAAAGAAAGUGGAUGAGGAAAAGAAGGAAGAAGAAAAAGCAAAAGUUGAAGUUGCUGGAAAACGAAUUGUUGAAGAGGGAGCAAAGGAAGAAAAAGAUAUUUCACAGAAGAUGGCUGAAGAAAAGAUAGAAGAGAAGGAGAAAGUUGUUCCAGAAGAAAUCACCAAAGAAAUAAAACAGUUGGAUGCAAUUGAGAAACUAGUAUCGAAAGAAACAUGCAAAAUAAAAUCUGAGGACGAAGUGAAAAGAAUUUCAAAUGAAAUUGAUCAAAAAAUGAUUAUAGAAGACAAAAAGAAAAUUGUUCCUGAAAUCACUGAACAUGUUAAACAGGAAGAAAAAGACUCAGGUUUACCAAAGGAAGAAACAGAAGAGAUGAUUCAGGAGGAAUGGGAAAUAGUUUCAAAGGAGAUGAUAGAGGAAGAGAAGAAAGAUACAAGCGAAGCUGUAACAGCAGCAACUGUUGUAGAAAUCAAGGAAGCAGAGGAAAAAGAAAUAACUAUCCCUGAGGAAAUGGAUAUAGAAAAGAUAAAAGAACCAGAGAAAAUGAUUACAAAGGAUGCAAUAGUGAAAAUGGAAGAACAUAAGGUUAUUACAGAAGAUAUCGCGGAAGAACUGAAAAAGACAGAAAAAAAAGAGGAAACUGUUCCACAUGCAUUACCAGAAGAAAAGGAAAAAGAAGCUGAGAAACCACUUUUGAAGGAAACAAUAGUGAGAAAGGAAGAAGAGAAGGUUAUUACAGAACAUAUCACUGAAGCAGAGAUAAAACCGGAAGAAAAAGAAGAAACAGUGCCGCAUGAAAUAUGCGAAGAAAAGCCAAAGGAAGCUGACACAGUAGUGGAAAAGGAAGAAGAGAAAGUUAUUACAGAAGAUAUCAUUGAAGAAGUGAAAAAACCAGAAGAAAAAGAUAAAACUGUUCCACAUGAAGUACCUGAAGACAAGAUAAAGGAAGCCGAGAAACUAGUUCCAAAAGAAACAAUAGUGAAAAAGGAAGAAGAGAAAGUUGUUACAGCAGAUAUCACUGAAGAUGAGAAAAAACCAGAAGAAAAAGAUAAAACUGUUCCACAUGAAGUACCUGAGGACAAGAUAAAGGAAGCUGAGAAACUAGUUCCCAAAGAAACAAUAGAAAAAAUGGAAGAAGAGAAAGUUAUUACAGAAGAUAUCACUGAAGAAGUGAAAAGACCAGAAGAAAAAGAGAAAAUGUUUCCAACUGAAAUACCCGAAGAAAAGAAAAAGGAAACUGCAAAACCAGUUACAAAGGACACAGUAGUGAGAAAGGAAGAAGAGAAGAUUAUUACAGAAGAUAUCACUGAAGAAGUGAAGAAACCAGAAGAGAAAGAGGAAAUUAUUCCACAAGAAAUACCCGAAGUAAAGAUAAAGGAAGCUGAGAAACUAAUUUCAAAGGACACAGUAGAGAAGAAGGAAGAAGAGAAGGUUAUUUCAGAAGAUAUCACUGAAGAAGUGAAAAAACCAGAAGAAAAAGAGAAAACAGUUUCACAAAAAAUACUUGAAGAAAAGGCAAAGGAAGCCGAGAAACCAGUUUCAAAGGACACAGUAGUGAAAGAGGAAGAAGAGAAAGUUGUUACAGAGGAUAUUACUGAAGAAGUGAAAAAACCAGAAGAAAAAGAGGAAACAGUUUCACAAGAAAUACUUGAAGAAAAGGCAAAGGAAGCUGAGAAACCAGUUUCAAAAGACACAGUAGUGAAAGAAGCAGAAGAGAAAGUUGUUAUAGCAGAUAUCACUGAAGAACUGAAGAAACCAGAAGAAAAAGAGGAAACUAUUCCACUUGAAAUACCUGAAGAAAAGGCAAAGGAAGCUGAGAAACCAGUUUCGAAAGACAAAGUAGUGAAAAAGGAAGAGGAAGAGGUUAUUGCUGAAGAUAUCACUGAAAAAGUCAAGAAAUCAGAAGAAAAAGAGGAAACUUCUCGGCACGAAAUACCCGAUGGAAAGAUAAAGGAAGCUGAGAAACCAGUUUCAGUGGACACGGUAGUGAAAAAGGAAGAAGAGAAGGUUAUUACAGAAGAUAUCACUGAAGAAAAAGAGGAAAUUAUUCCACAUGAAACACCUGAAGGAAAGUUAAAGGAAGCUGAGAAACCAGUGUUGAAGGACACAGUAGUGAAAAAGGAGGAAGAGAAAGUUAUUAGAGAAGAUAUCACUGAAGAAGUGAAAAAACCAGAAGAAAAACAGAAAACAGUUCCAUCUGAAAUACCCGAAGAAAAGAUAAAGGAAGAUGCAAAACCAGUUUUGAAAGACGCAGUAGUUAAAAAGGAAGAACAGAAAGUUAUUACAGAAGAGGUCUCUGAAGAAGUGAAAAAACUGGAAGAACAAGAGGGAGCAGUACCACAUGAAAUACCAGAAGAAAAGACAAAGGAAGCUGCAAAACCAGUUUCAAUGGACACAGUAUUGAAAAAGGAUGAAGGGAAGGUUAUGACAGAAGAUAUCAUUGAAGAAGCAAAAAAACCUGAAGAAAAAGAGAAAACAGUUCCAUCUGAAAUACUUGAUGAAAAGGCAAAGGAAUCUGAGAAACCAGUGUCAAAGGACACAGUAGUGAAAAAGGAAGAAGAGAAAGUUGUUACAGAAGACAUCACUGAAGAAGUGAAAAAACCAGAAGAAAAAGAGAAAACAGUUCCACAAGAAAUACUUGAUGAAAAGGCAAAGGAAGAUGAGAAACCAGUGUCAAAGGACACAGUAGUGAAAAAGGAAGAAGAGAAAGUUGUUACAGAAGACAUCACUGAAGAAGUGAAAAAACCAGAAGAAAAAGAGAAAACAGUUCCACAAGAAAUACUUGAAGAAAAGGCAAAGGAAGCUGAGAAACCAGUUUCUAAGGACACAGUAGUGAGAAAGGAAGAAGAGAAGGUUAUUACAGAAGAUAUCACUGAAGAAGUGAAAAAACCAGAAGAAAAAGAUAAAACACUUCCAUCUGAAAUACUUGAUGAAAAGGCAAAGGAAUCUGAGAAACCAGUUUCAAAGGACACAGUGGUGAAAAAGGAAGAAGAGAAAGUUGUUACAGAAGAUAUCACUGAAGAAGUGAAGAAACCAGAAGAAAAAGAGGAAACUAUUCCACAUGAAAUACCUGAAGAAAAGGCAAAGGAAGCUGAGAAACCAGUUUCAAAAGACACUAUUGUGAAAACGGAAGAGGAGGAGGUUAUUGCUGAUGAUAUCACUGAAAAAGUCAAAAAAUCGGAAGAAAAAGAGGAAACUGCUCGACACGAAAUACCCGAAGGAAAGAUAAAGGAAGAUGAGAAACCAGUUUUGAAGGACACGGUAGUGAAAAAGGAAGAAGAGAAAGUUAUUACAGAAGAUAUCACUGAAGAAGUGAAAAAACCAGAAGAAAAAGAGAAAGCAGUUCCACAAGAAAUACUUGAAGAAAAGGCAAAGGAAGCUGAGAAACCAGUUUCAAAGGACACAGUAGUGAAAAAGGAAGAAGAGAAUGUUAUUACAGAAGAUAUCACUGCAGAAAUGAAAAAAACAGAAGAAAAAGAUAAAACAGUUCCAUCUGAAAUAUUUGAUGAAAAGGCAAUGGAAGCUGUGAAACCAGUGUCAAAGGACACAGUAGUGAAAAAGGAAGAAGAGAAAGUUGUUACAGAAGAUAUCACUGAAGAAGUGAAAAAACCAGAAGAAAAAGAGAAAGCAGUUCCACAAGAAAUACUUGAAGAAAAGGCAAAGGAAGCUGAGAAACCAGUUUCUAAGGACACAGUAGUGAAAAAGGAAGAAGAGAAGGUUAUUACAGAAGAUAUCACUGAAGAAGUGAAAAAACCAGAAGAAAAAGAUAAAACACUUCCAUCUGAAAUACUUGAUGAAAAGGCAAAGGAAUCUGAGAAACCAGUGUCAAAGGACACAGUAGUGAAAAAGGAAGAAGAGAAAGUUGUUACAGAAGACAUCACUGAAGAAGUGAAAAAACCAGAAGAAAAAGAGAAAACAGUUCCACAAGAAAUACUUGAUGAAAAGGCAAAGGAAGCUGAGAAACCAGUGUCAAAGGACACAGUAGUGAAAAAGGAAGAAGAGAAAGUUGUUACAGAAGACAUCACUGAAGAAGUGAAAAAACCAGAAGAAAAAGAGAAAACAGUUCCACAAGAAAUACUUGAUGAAAAGGCAAAGGAAGCUGAGAAACCAGUGUCAAAGGACACAGUAGUGAAAAAGGAAGGAGAGAAGGUUAUUACAGAAGAUAUCACUAAAGAAGUGAAAAAACCAGAAGAGAAAGAGCAAACAGUUCCAUCUGAAAUACCCGAAGAAAAGACAAAGGAAGAUGCAAAGCCAGUUUCCAAAGACACAGUAGUGAAAAAGGAAGAAGAGAAAGUUAUUACAGAACAUGUAACUGAAGAAGUGAAAAAAGCAGAACAACAAGAGGGAGCAGUACCACAUGAAAAGCCAGAAGAAAAGACAAAGGAAGCUGCUAAACCAGUUUCAAAGGACACGGUGUUGAAAAAGGAAGAAGAGAAGGUUAGUACAGAAGAUAUCACUGAAGAAGCGAAAAAACCAGAAGAAAAAGUGAAAACAGUUCCAUCCGAAUUACCCGAAGAAAAGACAAAGGAAGAUGUAAAACCAGUUUCAAAGGGCACCAUAGUUAAAAAGGAAGAAGGGAAGAUUAUUACAGAAGAUGUCACUGAAGAAAUGAAGAAACCAGAAGAAAAAGAAGAAACUGUUCCACACGAAAUACCUGAAGAAAAGGCAAAGGAAGCUGAGAAACCAGUUUCAAAGGACACAGUACUGAUGAGGGAAAAGGAGGAGGUUAUUACAGAAGAUAUCACUGAAAAAGUGAGGAAACCAGAAGAAAAAGAGGAAACUGUUCCACACGAAAUACCUAAAGAGAAGGCAAAGGAAGUGGAGAAACCAAUUUUGAAGGACACAACAGUGACAAAGGAAGAAGAGAAGAUUAUUACAGAUGAUAUCAGUGAAGAAGUGAAGAAACCAGAAGAUAAAGAGAAAGCUGCUCCACAUGAACUGCCCAAAGAAAAGGCAAAGGAAGCUGAGAAACCGGUUUCAAAGGACACAGUAUUGAAAACGGAAGAAGAGAAGGUUAUUACAGAAGAUAUUAUGGAAGUGAAAAAGCCAGAAGAAAAAGAGAAACCUGUUCCAUAUGAAAUAGUUGAAGAAAAAUCUAAGGAAGUGGGCAAAGCAGUUUUGAAGGACACAACAGAGAAAAUUAAAGAAGACAGAAGCAAAGAUUUGGAAAAAGAAAAACUCAUCUCAAAGGAUAUAGAUGAGCAAUAUAUUGUUUCACCUGAAAAGGCUGAAGAAGGAAAAAAACCUUCCCUGAGGGAUAUGCCCUCUUCCAAAGAGUUUGUUGAAGAAAGGAGAAAAGUAGAAGAGAAAAGUUCCACACCAGAAAUCACAGAAAAGAAGGAUGAUGUAAAAGAUGUGUCUACUUCAGAGAAAAUGGUUGAAAAAGAGAGGUAUAUUUCAGAAGAUCUGCUUGAAGAAAAAAAGGAAGGUGAAGAGAAGAAAGAGGUUGUCCUAAAGGAUCUUAUUAAAGAAGGAGAGAAAGUAGACACAAUUCAUAUAGAUCAUACAGAAAAAGAAAAGGAAAAAGAUGAGAGAGAGAAGAGAGUUACAGAGAAAAUUAUUCAAGAAAAGAAGAAAGAAGUAGGUGAAGAAAGUAUUAUUGUGAAGGACUCUGUGGAACAUGAGAAAAAAGGAGAACCAAUAGCUGUAGAGGAUAUUACCAGUGUAAUAGGAAAAGAGGAACCUAAGAAAGACAAAGCUGCUUCAAAGGAACUGCUUGAAGAAAAGAAAGAAGAGAAAGAAGAAGAGAGAGCCAUUACAGAUAUUAGUAAAGAACAGGAAGGCCAACAAGAGGCAGAAGAGAAGAUUACUUCAAAACAAUUCAUUGAAAAAGUCGGAAUGGAGGAAACUACAGCAAAAAUUGCUCCAAAGUAUGUAGUUGAAGAAAAGGAAAAAGACCAAGUUAUUUCAAAGGCUGUGACUGAAGAAAAAAUAGAUGACCUCGAAAAAAGAAAGAUUGUCACUACAUACGAAAAAAUUUCAGACAAGAUUGAAACUAUUUUUGACAUUAAAACUGAUUUGUCACUCCAGGACACUUCACAACUUACAGCUACAACAGCAAAGGAAGUUAAGCCUGCAGAAGUGAUCAAAACUAACGGUGAACUUGAAAAGAGUGAAGAGAAAGUACCACAAGUGAAAAUGCAUGGAGAGACAGCUAUCAAGGGAGAGCCAGAAGAUAAGGUUGAUCAGAAGAUAGAACCUGGAAAAGAAACAAUUACAGCACCAAGUGCUUUAUCUGCCACAUAUCUUGAAAUUAUAGACAAGCUACAAAAAGAAGAACCUUCAGAAGUUGAUAAACAGGAAGAUGAAGAGUCACCAAAGAGAGAAGAGCUCAAAGUUAGUGAAGCUGACAAAUCUCUUCGCAAAGAAGUAUCAAAAACGACAGAAGAAUUGGAAGCAAUAUCCGUUACGUCUAGUCAAAUGACAGAUAUUAAACAUUUGCCACAGGAAGGUGUAAAGCCAGAAAUUACGAAAGACUCACACAGAAAAGAAGAGGAGCAAAUGUCAGAAGAAAAACCAUCCCUACAAGAACAAGAACUCAUAAGCAAAAAAGACAAGGCAGAGAUAGGAGUAGAAAAGGAAGAUAAAAAGGUGAAAGUAGAAGCUGACUCAUUAGAAACUGAGAAAACACCAGCAACUAUAGAAUGGUUAACUUGUGUAGUUAAGGACACAAAGCCAUCAUUGGGAGAAGAGCAGGAAGAGAUUUUUAAGAAAGUUGUUAUCACAAAAGAGAAGAAAGUUACUGAGACAGAAGAUCAAAUUGAUGAGAAGAAAGUGAAGGAGAAACAACAAGAGAUAGAAAAGACUGUCAAGGACACUGAUGUCAUGUCAGUCAUAACAGAAAGACAGAAGACAUUACCUGACAGUGAAACUAGCAAGGAAAUUCCUACAAGUAUUGACCAAAAGAAGCAGCCAACUGGAGAAAGGGAAAUAAUAGAAGAAUCAAUCGAAGUGAUGAAAAGUCAACCAAAAUAUGAGGCAGACAGACCAGCAGAAACGUUCAGUGAGGUGUAUCAGGAAGACAAGAAAGAUGAGCUUGCAAAAUCAGUGUCUUCAGAAAAGGAGAAGCAACUAACAGAUGAAGAGGAAAAGAAACUAAAGACAGAAAAGUUACUUUUAGAGACGGAGGGCAGCAUUAUUUCAAAAGAUUUAGGUGAAACUAUCACCACAAAUGUAAUGAAAGAAUACAUCCUGAAAACUACACACAUAACAUCGGAUUCUGUUACAUCAGAUGUACCAGCCCCUGGAAAAAUGCCUGUACAACCAUCUGUGGAACCGGAAAUAACACCUUUGCAAGAGAAAGUGGAGAUUAAAGAGACUGGACUAUCACCAAAAGUGGAAGACACUGAUAAAAGAGCUGCAGAUGCACUAAUUUCUCAUGAACUCAAAGACACAGAAAAAAUUUCCGCAGGUCAAGAAAUAGGAAAAGAUAAGCAGCUGGGAAUUUCUGAAGAAACUACUGUUUCAAAAGUGAAGGAAGUUUCAAAAGAAGUAAAAGAUGAUGGGAUUACAAGCAAAUUACCAACUUCAGCUGCUGAUCAUAGAUCAGAUGAUGAAGAUGGUGAACCACCUCCAUCUCCAGGAGAAGAAUACAUUGAUUCAGGAAUGGAGGAAGAACCAGUCUAUACCAAACUUGAUGCACCAGAACUUCCAGAAUAUGUAACUGUUACUCCUGACUCCACACCUGCAUCACCAAAAGCAUUGCCCUUAAGGCCACAGGAUGACUCUGCAAAAAUACAUCUUCCUGGAUCUGAAGAGAAGGAAGGAAAAGAAAAACUUAAAUCUGAACAUACUGAAACUGACAAGAAAGAGCCUGCCAAGGUAACAACUACAGCCCUUCCCCAGGAAAAAGAGGUGGAGUAUAGAAAGUAUGUGGAUGACUCUGGUGACAAAACUGGUCAACCAGGAGAAGUUAUCACAAACAAAGAUGGUCAUAUUGUAACAAGAAGAACAAAAACUGAAUACAAAACAAUUGUGACCAGGGAAGGUAAGCCUGAUGAAAAGACAGUUUCAAGUCUAGUGGCUGGUUCAGUUAUACCUAUUUCAUCGGGUGAGAUCACAACAUAUACAACUGGAGUUAAAGAUGACAAACUAUCAGAUGAAGAACAUCUGGAAGAAAUUGAUGAUGAUUCCAAAGAAUCAGUCUCAGAGGAAACAUUCACAGAUGAAGAUGGUAAAACUGUAACAAGGAAGAUAGUAAGGCGUUACAAGACAGUAGUUACCAGCAGAACUGAAUCAGCUGAAGAGAAAGGUAUAAUGAAAGAAAUUCAGCCCUCGUUUUCAUCUGAAGCAGGACCUGGUUCAUUUAUACCUGUUUCAUCAGGUGAGAUCACAACGUAUACAACUGUAGUUAAAGGUGACAGACUAUCAGAUGAAGAACAUCUGGAAGAAAUUGAUGAUGACUCAAAAGAAUCCGUUUCAGAGGAAACAUUCACAGAUGAAGAUGGUAAAAUUGUAACAAGAAAGGUAGUAAGGCGUUACAAGACAGUAGUAACAAGCAGAACUGAGUCAGCUGAUGAGAAGGGUGAAAUAAAAAAAUUUCAGCCCCCAUUUUCAUCUGAAGCAGGACCAAUGGUACUACCGUCAUCCUCAAAAACAACAACAACAACAAAAAUAAUUGAAGGUCAUGAAUAUCCACUAGACACUGACAAGCAAGAUGACAAAGCAGCUGUUUCAGAAGAAACAUUCACAGACAAGGAUGGCAAAACUGUGACAAGAAGAACUGUGCGACACUACAGAACUUACAUAACUCAGUCCACAGGAGAAAUGGAACCGACUCAUAUAAAGACAGAUGACAGAACUCCCCUUGAACCAGCUCAAGAUGUUGAUGAAAGUGAAACACGUGUUACAGUGUCCACAGACAAAGCAGGCACAGAACAAAUCGUGGAGUUCGAUGACGACGAUGAAAAAGAAUCAGUAACCGAAGAAACAUUUACAGACGAAGAAGGUAGGACAGUAACAAGAAGAGUAAUAAGGAGGUAUAAGACAGUGAUAACGAAAGAAAGGGAAGUAGUGGAUGAGAAACCAACUACAAAACUGGUAACUACUACAGCAACAAAGAAGACUGAAACAAAAGAAGGUGACGACAUUGAUGAUGGUGUAGAAAUGGAAGAAUGCACAGAGCUCAGUGAUCAGGAUGAAAAAGAAUCUGUGUCUGAAGAAACAUUCACAGAUGAAAGUGGCAAAACAGUGACCAGAAAAAUUGUAAGACGGUACAAGACAGUUGUCACAAGGGGAAGUGAAUCUGUUGAUACAAAAGAUUCCAUUAAAUUACCACCUAUGGAAGCAAAGGGUAUUGCAGAUGAAAUAGAAACAGAACAGGCUGACUUAGAUGAUCAAGAUGAAAAAGAAUCUGUGACUGAGGAAACAUUCACUGAUGAAACUGGCAGAACUGUAACAAGGAAAAUUGUCAGACGUUAUAAGACAGUGGUGACAAAAGAAAGUUCCUCUGUAAGUGCAGAAGACUCUAGGCAAAUAAGAGCUACAGAUAUAACUGCUUCAGAAAUGUCUCCAGAUAUUCUCACCCAGAAAACAUACACUACGGUAAUUAAAUCAGAUGAUGAUAGAGAUGAUGGGGUAGAAACAGAUAAAUUAGAUGAAUUUGAUGAUCAGGAUGAAAAAGAAUCUGUGUCUGAAGAAACAUUCACAGAUGAAAGUGGCAAAACUGUGACCAGAAAAAUUGUAAGACGGUAUAAGACAGUUGUCACAAGGGGAAGUGAAUCUGUUGAUACAAAAGAUUCCAUGAAAUUAGCUCCUAAAGAAGCAAAGGAUAUUGUAGAUGAAAUAGAAACAGAACAGGAUGAAUUAGAUGAUCAAGAUGAAAAAGAAUCUGUGACUGAGGAAACAUUCACUGACGAAAAUGGCAGAAUUGUAACAAGGAAAAUUGUCAGACGGUACAAGACAGUGAUAACAAAAGAAAGUUCUUCUGUGGAUGCAGAAGACUCUAGCCAGAUAAGAGAUACAGACACAAUUGCUUCGGAAUUGUCUCCAACUGUUCUCACCCGGAAAACAUACACUACAGUAAUUAAAUCAGAUGAUGAUAGAGAUGAUGGUGUAGAAACAGAUAAAUUAGAGGAGUUUGAUGAUCAGGAUGAAAAUGAAUCUGUGAGUGAAGAAACCUUCACAGAUGAGGGUGGCAGAACAGUAAGAAGGAAAAUUAUAAGGCAUUACAAGACAGUCAUUAGACAAGAAGCUGAACCCACAGAUGCAAUAGAUUCUACGACAAUAAAAAUGGAAAAGAUAAGUGCCCCAGACCUAACCUUAACUGCAACUACCAGCGAAAGUUGCACGACAGAUAUAAAAGAAGGUGUUGGUGUAGAUGAUGGUAUUGAAAUAAGUGAUCAAGAUGGCAAAGAAUCUGUGACUGAAGAAACUUUCACAGAUGAAAAUGGCAGAAUUGUAACAAGGAAGAUUGUAAGGCGUUACAAGACUGUGGUAAUGAAAGAAAGUGGGUCUUUGGAGGAUAAAGGCACUAGUGAAAUAGAGAAGAAAGAUGUAAGAGAUAUGGAACAGAUGUCAACUGCUUUUACUACAGAUACACAUACUACAGCACUAGGUGUCAUAGAAAGAGAUGAACUUACAGACUUUGAUGAUCAAGAUGAAAGGGAAUCUGUCUCUGAAGAGACAUUCACUGAUGAGGAUGGCAGAACAGUGACUAGAAAAAUUGUGAGGCGGUACAAGACAGUGGUCACGAAAGAGAGUGAGUUACCUGACGAAAAAGAUACCAGUCAAUUAACAAAAGUGCUGGGAACUGGUUCAGAACUGCCAACCACUACUAUCUUGAGGAAAAUUUACACUACAGUCACUAAAGAUGGUGAAGGUACUGAAGAUGGUUUAGAAACAGAGCAGCUUGAUGAGCUGGAUGACCAAGAUGGAAAAGAAUCUGUCACUGAAGAGACAUUUACAGAUGAGCAUGGAAGAACUGUCACAAGAAAAAUUGUGAAAAGAUAUAAGACAGUAGUGACAACAGAAGGUGAAGAUGUUAUUGGAGACAUUAGUAGUGAUGGCAAGAAAGAGAGAGAUGAUGAUGACAGUAAAGAUUCAGUCACAGAAGAAACAUUUACAGAUGAAGAAGGAAGAACUGUAAGAAGGAAAAUUGUGAAGCAUUACAAAACAACAGUGUUAAAAGCUGAUGACAUCACGGAUAAAACUUUAUCUACAACAGAGUUACAAUUUGAUCCAGAUGCAAAAGAGAAAAGCAUUGUUUUCAGUCCAUUUACUACUGCUGAAGGCAAAAGUGACAUUCUCCUUGAUUUUACUGAAGGUGAGGAUGGAAAAGAUUCCAUUAUAGAAGAAACUUUCACAGGAGAAGACGGAAGUGUUGUAACCAGGAAGAUAACAAGACAAUACAAAACCAUUUUAAAACAGGAGGCUGGAUCUGAUGAUCAUCAUUUUAUAACAAAAAUUUCAACAGGGUCAGCUGACUCAAGUUUACCACUGACCACCACCACAAUGACAAAAACCUACACAACUGUUACAAAACAAGGUGAUGACUAUGGUGACGACUUCUCGGAAGAUUUAGGAAAAGCUCAUGAACCCAGUGGGGCAACGUCUAAAACCACCACUACAGUGACUACAAUUACUAAAAGAAUUUCUUCAAAGGAUGGAGAAGAAGAAAUAACUGAAGCCACUACAGAGGAAGUAACUUCUGAAGAUGGAAAAGAACAAAGUACUGUCACAGUUACCACAAAGAGAGAUGAACAUGGUGAUAUGGUAGUUCACACAUCAAUAACCCCCAGAGAUAAAGAAAUUGAUGGUUACAGUAUUGCAGGACCAGUUAGCUUCAUUGGCAGUGAUAAAGGGGAGCAUUUGGCACACUCCACUGUUAGUACUACUGAUACGACUUCUCAGAUGACCACAGAUGCCUGGAAGACUGGUAGAAAACAUGACUCACAGCAGUGUGACAGUGAUGAGGAAGAUGACCCUACAUCGCCACUAAGCAUUACAUCACAACUUGCACAUUCUCCACCACCACAUUUUGGAUUUGAAACAUCUGCUAGUCCUACAGCAUCAAUAGAGCUUUACUCACCCAAAGUCAUUCCUUCACAAAAAGUAAGUUCCACACAGAUGACUAGUUCAUUUUAUGGUAGUUUGCCAUCUGGAGAAGAGCAGUUGACAUCUACAGAUGAGAAACUGGACUUCCAAAGGGCACUUCAUGAGCACAGAGAAGCAAGAGGUGAAGAUCUCCAGUCAUCUUUCCACAGCCCACCUGUGCAUAAAACUGUAACAAUGGGUUACAAAGAGGGAUUGCUACAUGGUGAACAGCUGUCAUCAGGAAUAAAUGGCCAAAAGCAUGAAGAUAUUGACAGCAAAGGAGCUACCACAAAAAUUAUUCCUUCCAGUAGUGGAGUGAGUGCCACAAGCCAAAAAAUACCUCCAGUAGUAACCAGUGCACACCUUCCUGCUGAGCAUGGUCAGUCAGCACAAAAAGAUACAAAGGGUGACAAACAAAAGGAUCCAAUUGGCAGUUGGGGGAAACCACUUGGGCUCCCAGCACCUGCACCGCCACCUGCGAACACAAUCACAACUAAUGGCGAAGUCAACACAGCUACUAAGCCCGGGACCCCAAAAAAGGAAAAGAAAGCUAUGCAAAUGAAGAAGAACUUAGUAAUGAAUGAAAACAACAAAGCAGCAAAUGCACAAUCAGCAAAAGAAUCAAAAUCUAGGCGUUCAGAAUCACCAGUAAAACAGAAGAAUGUGUCAAAUAAAGAUGUUGGGAAAAACACAAAAGUUCCUGGAGGCCAUAUAUAUAUUGACCUAACCUAUGUCCCACAUCAUGGAAAUUCAUACUACACCAAUGUAGAAUUUUUCAAGAAAGUCAGAGCAAGGUACUAUGUAUUCAGUGGCACAGAACCAAGUCGAGAUGUCUACAAUGCUCUACUUGAAGCUAAACAAACAUGGGAAGAUAAGGAUUUAGAAGUAACUAUCAUUCCCACUUAUGAUACCGACACUCUUGGUUACUGGGUCGCCGAGAAUGAAGAUCUGCUUACAAAAUACAAGAUUGACCUCUCUCCGUCAGCAAGUCGCUGCACAAUAAAUCUGCAAGAUCAUGAAACAAGCUGUUCAGCAUAUCGGUUGGAGUUCUAAUUGUUGCUGACUGAUAAACAGUCACAGAAAUAAACUCACUGCCCAUAAAAGCCAUUACUGCUCUAUAGUAUGAACUGGCUUGGACGAUGCCAUUUUUAGCAUUAGCUGAAGUAUUUCUUGUUACCAUCCUUGAUACUUUUUGUGGUCUAAGACAAGGGAAGUUAUGAUGUCCUUACAGAGAAAUUAAAAAUGUCUUUCAGGAAAUUUUCUUGUAUGAUGAAGUCUGUGCUGAUGUUGAGGACCCUUCAACAUAAAUGGUGAUGAUGAAACGGAAAAAAAUGCAGCAGUUUUGUUGUACCAUUUAUUUUUAGGUUGUUCUUUCAGAAUGUCAGCAGUUCUAUUUAUACUGUCAGUUCAUAAGAUUCAAAUAGAUGUAUGGUCACAUAAAUAUGACAUUUAUGAUAUAUGUCCAAAAAAUGUUAGCUGUUUUUCAGUUUCAUUGAUACUCAGAAAAAGUAAGACACAAAUGUUGUGUGUGUUUACAUUUCAGUCCUGGGGUAAAAGACAGUUUUUACUGAAAGCAAAUUGUCAUAAAACUGUGGUACUUACAUCCAUAAAUAUAUGUAUAUAUAAUGAGCAAAAUCUUUUUCAAAGUAUUGAGUCUAAGAAACACCCAUCUCUCUUACACAUUCAAGAAAUUUAUUUUUCUAAGCUUCCUGAGAAGUGAAAUUGAAAGUGAAAAGAGAGAACAACUUUCCCAUUGAGUUCAAUGUAUAUUUGUUGAUAGUAGAAAUGAAACUGUCUCACGCAUUAAAUACAAUCACUACCAGUUGAGCAAACCAUUAAGUACUUUUCAGAAAACAAAACAAAAAAAAAUCAUGUUUUUUGUGCCAUAGGCCUCAAGUGAUAACACAUGAAAAAUUAUACAAGAAAGGAUAAACAAAAACAAGAAAUAUUUUAUAAUAAAACAAGUCGAACAUAAGUAAAUUAUUUCCUAUGUCCAUAUAGUUAAAACAAUCCCAUUAUUAUAAGAUGCCACAUUCGUCUUAUGUUGCUUAUUAUAUUAUAAGCAUCAACAUGAUUUAAUUAUUGUUCCUAAAGUGGACAUUGUAUCAUCCAUUUUCACGUUUGGAGGGAUACCGUUAAACAGUGUUGAAAAACCAAAUAAGAUGACCUAGUUUUUGAUCUAUGUAACGUUUUACUAAUAAUGUUAAAAUCAUGAAAUUAAAAUUAAUUCCCUAAACAGUGUUACCUUAAUGUAAAGUUGUUAGAAAGUAACAAAAGCUUCAUUGAAUGUUUAAAGUGCAUCCUGAGAUCAUAUUUUGUGUGUCAUGAGAAAAAUGAGUCUGCAGUAACUAAUAAUUUAUCCAUAUCUUCAGAAAUGUUCCAUUUUUUGUUUAUGAAUAUUGUAAGCUGUAAAUUUAGAAACUGUGUGUUUACUCGCAGUCAUGAUUGUGCAGUGGUUGUGUGUAUGUACUCAAUAAGUGCUCACCCUCAUACCUAAAGUGACAUGUACUUACAAACACAUUAAUUUAAGUCUUCCUCUCACCCUCCUGUUCAUUCCUGCCUGCAAUGCAGUUUUUAAGAAUAUAUGUUUUUGAAAGUUUUAAUCUAUAUUUAAGUCUUCCUACACAUAGCAAAUAUUUUAUAUUUAUACUUAGCAACAUAAGUCUUAUUUUUAAUGCUGUCAUCGUAUUUAUGUAGCGUUUUAUGCAUCCAUUGUGCACGAAAAUACACUUUAUGUAAAAGCUUGAAUGCUAGGCAGAAAAGUAUUUAUCAUUUAUGUUAUCUUUGAUUCAGAUGAUAUUUGAUGUGGUACAUAAUUUAAACAUUAGCUUAAUUUUUUUUAUCUGCCCAGGUGGGACAGUAUAAGUAUAGAAGACAGACUGUUUUUUGAAACAAGAAAGAAAUCCAAAAGUGUUGGCAUGGAUAGAACUUCCUUCAGCUCAGAAAAAGAGAGCAGCUAGAUGUUGCGUUGUUAUAAGUUUGUUUUUGUGUAUGUGAAUUGUUAAAACAAGUGAACAAAACACCGAAAUAUGAAGGAAGAGUAUGGACUGUUGUAGAUAGUAUCUAUCAAAUUGAAAACUGUUGAGUGUAAAAUAUUUCAUAGGCAUGAAACAUGAUGAAAUAAUGUCUGAAGCACUACAAAAAUGGACAAUUUUGUGGAAAUAUAGAAGUUUAUCUGACUUACAGCAACAUACAUGUCACACACACAACUCUUGAAGCAUAGAUGAAUUUGUAGCAAAUGGAGGAAUCCGUUUUAUCCUCCUCUGAUUUUGUACUUACCUGAGAAUGUGUGAUUUUAUAACAGUAAAAAAUUAGGACAUUUAAUUUUUUGUACAAUAUUGUGUAUCUUUCCAGAAAUGUGUAUUAUACUUCAUUUAAUUUUGUGUGCUGGUCAAUAAUCUAGUUUUGUAGAAUUUUAAAUAGUUACUUCAUCUGUAUCUUUCAUUAUUAUAGAUUACUCCCUGUUAUGAACUGUUUCUAUAUAAGGCCUAAUUUAUUAUUUUUGAAAAUAUUACUCUUGUUUUGUCCACAUGUUUUGUACUUUUGUUAAUGGAUGGUAAACUUGAAUAUGACAGUGUGAAUGAGGUGCUCGUUUAUUACUUUCUGACUGAAAAUAAUUUUCUGAAGUAGUUUAACAUACAAAAGUUUGUAUGUUUGUUAUGAGAUCUUUUCAAAAUGACUGUUGCCGUGGAACUAUAUAUGUAUAGUGUCUACAGUAUCUCAGCAACAAGAAACCGAGCUUGAAUAAAUGAAACACAGUUGUUAAUAGUUAAAUCGAACUGUUGCUAUCGUAAGAUGGAGAAGUUGUAGAACUAUGAAUGGUGCUAGCAAAUGCCUUGUUAAAAAUACAAAUCAAACCUCCACAUUUUUUGUGUGACUUUACUGUUAAUAAUUACAGUUGGACCACUUAAUAGGUCACACAAAAAGAGUGUGUUGAGAGUAAAAGUGUAAGCAGAGAAGUGAAGUUUGUAUUGGAUUCAGUUGUGGCUGGCCUUGUGAUUGUAAAGAAUGUUUCCUUAUUUGACACAUCAUUUUAUGAUUAUUUAUUUAUUUAUUUUCCAUAUAAAAGUUAUUUGUGUUUCUAAUGUUGCACCUUUCAACUUUUAUGCUUUCAUCUUUAUUAUAUGAAAAUUGAAAUUAAAAAAAAAAAUAUGGCCCCUGUUUCAUCAAAACAACAUAUUUUGUCAUGUUUGCUUAAAGUGAAGCUUCUAGUCACAGAGUCUGCUCUAUGCUUGUUCUGAUACCAUUGCAGUGUAUGUAUGGGAAAUGUAUGAGAAAUAAAUCAAAACCAAAAAAUAAACUAAAAAGGGGAAAAUCGUGAAAAUGAA